UUGUCCACACAAAGAAGAAGAGCAGGAAACGUCAGCAAAUAACAUUACCUGACUGCUGGUUAGAAAUGGCGACAGGAGUGGAUCAAGCAGUUGGUAUGAGUCUUGUUGUCUUUAGUCUCCUGCUGUUUACAUACUACUCUGUGUGGGUCAUCAUUCUGCCUUUUGUGGAAAGCAAUCACGUGCUGCACAAGUAUUUCCUGCCACGAGAGUACUCGGUCAUUCUUCCAGGCAUUGCAGCAGUAAUACUGCUCCUCUGUAUAGGGGCCUUCACUGCAGUUAUCAUGUGGAAGAAUCGUAAACCAAAGAAAGUGGACUAAUCACAGGAUGUGAAAGGGACUACUGUGGAUUUACCACCAAAAACCAUAAGUCUAUUUUCUAACAAAUAGUCCUGAUGAUCGCUUAUAAACAGAUAGAUACAGAAGUCCAAUUGAAAACUAUCCACUUUGGCACUCAUGACUGGCAGCAUUGAAAAAGACACAAAGAAUAAAUGCACUGGAAGCAGCACACAGUCUGAAUUGGUUUCCAUCUGGAAACUUAGACCUGUGCCAUGAGAACAGGCUCACACAAAAAAAAUUGCAGGUUUGAAUGUUUUUUGGCAUUGUGUCAGUUUCACCUGCUCAGGUACCUUCCUGGAUCAAAUUUAAGAUGAUUAUGAGACAAGAUAGACUUUAUACUGUCCUGUUGAAAACGUGAACUAUUUCCCUUGAAAAUGUAGGCCCAUGUAUUUGUGGGUCUAAGUGGAGCUGACUCAGUCUGUUUAUCAGGUACUUUCUCACUCUCAGCCUCUCCAGUCUUAAGGUUAUCUCUGACUCUUACAUUACUCAGUGUUCCCCUCCUUAUCAUGGCGUUCUGGAUCAAAAGCUUCUAUUGAAUGAUUCAGUCCAUGAUCUGUUCUUACCAUGAAGACGGCAGAAAAAUAUUUUCCCCUAUAUUUGAUUAAUUUGAUAUUAUUCCCACUGAGGCAGAAAAGAAAUAUUGCACAAGCCUGAAAAGGGACCUGCAGGUCAGAAGAAACUAACAGAACUCUGACUCAUUGUCUAUACUACCUUAAAAACUACAAACAGCACAUAGUGAAUCAAUAUUUAUGAAAGUAACCACAGAACUCUCUCCUCUCGGAAAAGAUAUCUGCGCCUGUUGCAGAGUGGAAGGAAUGUGUGUCAUGGUAUGAAAAGAUAGUCAAGAGGCUGUGAGAAUACUGUGAUUUACUGUAUAGAAAUGACUUUUAAUAGUGUGUCAAAGUGUGAAUGAGGUAAAUUGUUGUCAUGCAAAGCAGCAUUUUAUCAGCAGUGAGUGUGGAAAUGGGCCAGUGGUCCUUUCUGUUGAAUAAAAUGUUACAAGCUGGGGGAAA